GGUAAAGAGAACAUGCUGUUUUAGGUGAUUACUGACAAAAACGAAAAAUAGGAACAAAAUGUUAAAAUUUAACGAAAUAAUGUUAGCUGGUACAUUAAUUUCGUGGUGCACGUAGCAACUUUAUUGUAUCCCUCUAGACUCUAGAUUUGUGGCAAGAAGUGUCAACAACUUGCAGGCCCUCCUUUCCUGGUGUAAUUUCAAGAAAAACAAUACAAAAUAUUUUUAAAAUGAUGAAAACCCAGCUGACAGUUUCAUAGACAUAGAAUAAACUUUUACACCCUUCAUUGGGGGUUCCACCAAAAAGAAAAACCAAAAGUUGUCAGAAAAUUGAUUCGAUGCAAUACUCUACCCAUUUUCCAAAAUGCAGGAAAAUUUAAAUAUUACAAUUAACCACCCAAUGAAAUGAUAAUUCCAUCUGCGCAUUAGAGAACAGUUUACUCAAGUAAUAAUCCAAGAAUAAACAAAAAGGAGAGAAUCCUACACAGAAACUGAACAGAAGUGGUGUGGAUUGCGUAAAUUGACUGUUCCAUCUUUGUAAUGUGCUCACUUUCACUGCUAUUCCAGUGCAAUAUGACCACGGUAAGUUUGACAUUUUUGUAUCACUCUCGAUUUAUGCUCAAGUUGAAUGGGGGGUGGGGAUGGGACCUAUAUUUAUGGUGGAUUUUAUGCUUGACUUAGGCAUGCUGACUUAGUAUUCAGGUUAUGUAGAAUUAUAAAAUUUUCUAAAAUUUAAGGGUGAAUUCACGCUUAAGUGUUGAGGGGGGGGAGACUAACUUUAACUUUAGGGUGGAAUUUAUGUUAGAGUUAGGGAUACUUACUUAGCAUUCAGGUUACGUUGAGUUGUAUAUUUUUUUUAUAAAAAAUAAAUUUAUGAAAUUUGCAUGCGUUUUGCAAAUUGUUUAAGUUUUUAUUUUUAAUUUAUUGAAUUUUUCACUUCUUCCAAUUAUUUGUUAAAUUUUCUUUAAUAUUAUAAUUUUUAUGCAAUGCACGCUGUUUAAAAAAAAACAAUACAACCUCUUUGUUUGAAUGUUUUUCUAUUAAAAAAAAACAAUUGUAAUGAAUUCCUUAUCUUCCUUUCUUUCGGUAAGUAGUUGAAACAAUACAUUCCCUACCUUUCCCCUCCCUAUUUUAGCAGAAGUUUCUUUGCACUAUUUUGUUUUGUUAACACAGCUGCCAUCUUUGUCUGCUGUCAUGGCAACAAAGAUGGUGGCAGUGGGAAAAAAAAGUAGUUCAAAAACACCUUGAAAUGAGUAGCGUGGAUUGUGUAAAUUUACCUGAACAAAUUAUACUUGAUAAUUGAUAACCCAACUCCUGACACCGCCUUACUACUUCACUACAUUUGCUUUCUCUACAGACAGAGUAUUACCCUACAAGUAUCUACUCCAGUAGUCCAUUAGUAGAUACACUGAAAAAUUAUAGAAGUGGAUUAGCAGUGAUCUAGUAUUGGUCAAGUUUAACAAAAUACAGAUAUAAAUAUAUUGGCAUAUCAAAGUUUUAUUUAAAAGUAUUACAUUUCAGUAUUCUCAGAAAUGAGAAGCAGCAAAAGACAAAACCAUUUCUAAAUGAUGGAUCAUCCAAUGGUUUGAUCAAAUCAAGAAUGUAGAUUCAGCAGAGAAUGCCUUUGACGCUGCUAUCAAUGAGCAUUGAUAAUAAAUAUUUUCAAUUAUUCAGGCUUAUGCUCCCUACGAAUAAUUUCAAUAAUGUACAUUUUAACAGUGACAUUUAGCUCUCAUUAAGCUGUGCGCUGUCUGUGUCAUACUAAUGUAGCCAUAUGCUACAUUCAUUAAUGACAGUAUUAAUGUAGCUAUAUUAUAUAACUGUAUUACAUCUGAAAUUAUUUUCUAAUUAUCUAUUGCUUACCAUGCUAUAUUUUUAAAAUUAGAAUGCAGUUCAGUUUGCUUCUAGUUUUGUGUGAACUGCUUACAUUUCUGAAUGAAGGGGAACGAUUUUUAAAAUGAAAAUCAAAGUGAAAUUUGAUCAAGAAAGCCGAAUUAUAGACCUUGGACAGAUAGACCCCUCCACCACUUCACUGGAAGCAGUGAAAAUCAGAGUAACAGCAGAAUUUCAUUUAGAAGGGCAGUGAGUAAAUAUAAUAUUUGCUAACAUUGUAAUAAAUAUCUGGUGCCAUUAAUUAGCCAACUGAUCAGAGAGGAACAUCUUUCUAAUAACUAUAAUCACAGGGAGAUAAAUGAACUGUUCAAUAUGUGAUAAAAGUAGUGUGCCCCUUUGUAAGGUGGGUUCACUAAUUCAAUAAAUGAUGCAAGGAUAAAUUAUGGGUUUAGAAAUGGAAGAGUGUGUUAUUGUUUCAAGUGUGUAAGAAUACAAUCUGCAAAUCAUGGAGAACUGAAAUGUUUGAAGAAUGAAUAAUCACCCCUUACUUGUGUCUAGAGCAGUAAAGUUUUGUUCCUAAAGAUUAUGAGGUCACUAGUAUUGUUAUUUGUCUCAGCUGUUUAUUUAAUAUGUAUAGAUAGAUAGAUACUAAACAAAUAAUUUCAAACUCCACAAAAAAAUAAAGCUUUCUACUUUUCCCCAUUUUAAAUUGCAGUGAAUUUCAUCUCAGCUUAAAUAAAAAUGAUGCGCUUACAGAUGAAAGUCAACUUUUAGCAGACAUUGGCAUAGUAUCAGGGGAUCUGCUUCAUAUAAUUGGUCCAGGAUUUUCACAGGUCUGUAUUUAACUUAAUUUGUUAAUGUUUUUAUGUAGCGUUUAUAAGGUACCAUAUCACAUAUCACCUGAAUUACAAUUUUAAACUAUAGAUUGCUUAAUUAUUUUCUUUGGAAAAGAAAUAAAAAGAUACUAUAUUUUGUAACAGUAUUUUCAGCACACAAAAAAUCUGGGUUUUAAUUUUAUUAAUUUAUUCCAAAUCAGACAAAUGGGGUGAGAACUGAAGAACAAUUAAGGAAUAGACGUCAGCCCCUGGCACCAUAUUCUGGGGAAAAUGCAAGCCCUUUUCAAAUGAACCAUGGCCAAAUUCCAUUAGUAAAUGUAAAUGCUGAUGCCCACAUGUCAACAACCAACAUUACAGCAGUUAGCUCUCUUUCUGCGAUGUCUGUUGGUUCUUAUGAAGACCUGCAAGGACGUGAUGAGGUAAAUUAUGAGUUGUCUAAGACUUUUUAAAUUAACAUCCAAACAUCAUGUAUUAUUUUGGGACAGAGACUGAUAAAGGGAGAUUUAUCUUGAAAUAUUUUAAUUUUUUUUUAUUUUCAAAAUACUCUUUUACAAAACUGUACGAAAAAUAACACACAAAAAAACUGUUUGGUUUUUAGUGUUACUGUCUUAGGCUUAAAAGCAGUUUAAAAUUUUUAAAAAAAGCUUAUUAGCAAUACAAAUGUAUAUUACUUCAUAUAAAAGAUCAUCUCAUCUCAUUUAAAAAAAAAAGCUUAUUAGCAAUACAAAUGUAUAUUACUUCAUAUAAAAGAUCAUAUCAUCUCAUUAAAAAAAAAAGCUUAUUAGCAAUACAAAUGUAUAUUACUUCAUAUAAAAGAUCAUCUCAUCUCAUUUAAAAAAAAAAGCUUAUUAGCAAUACAAAUGUAUAUUACUUCAUAUAAAAGAUCAUAUCAUCUCAUUAAAAAAAAAAGCUUAUUAGCAAUACAAAUGUAUAUUACUUCAUAUAAUAGAUCAUCUCAUCUCAUUUAAAAAAAAACAACAGGAAGGGAACAAAGCAAAGAGAGCCAAGACUGAAGAGGAAAUGUCUGAUAUUAACAGGUGAAAAUAUGAAAUGAGGAGACUUAACCAAAGUUAGAAAAAAUACAAUAGCAGUUGAAUAAAACUUUACAUGGGAGAAAACAAGCAUUUCAACAGAAACCCUUGACCACCAGCAAUACUUAUUAUGAAAGAAAACUAAAAAAAUGUGGGAAGGGAAGGGAGGAAAAAAAAGAUAGAGGUCAGUUUCAGAAUGAGGUGUUUGAGAGUUGAGAAUCGUAAGAGUAUUUUAUUUUGAAAAGGGAGUCUUAAAUUUCACUUAACUAUAAAAAUCACACUGUUUUAAUACGGUAUAAAGAUGUGAAAGCGAAUUGAAUUUUUAUUUGGAUAAAACAAAUUGCAUUCAUUUAUUUAGCCUAUAUAUUAAAAAAUGGGAUUUAACUAUAGGAUGAAUAAAGGAAUGGGAUUUAAUCAUUCAUUAGCACUACCAGUUGCACAUAUAUGUCAAAGAAGGAAUUUUAAAAUAUUUUAUCUAUAAUUUUAAGAAAAAUUUAAAUUCAUCAAAUUUGUUGAAAUAUGCUGUGAACAAAUAGGUAAAAAUUUUUUGAGAUCAGUUGGACUGUUCUUGCCAUUAACAACUACAAUAUGUUUCUGUGUGUCAGAUAUCUCAGUGAGCCACUGGUUGUACGGGAAUCCACAGCAACCCAAGUACCGAUUCUCCUCCAUCAGUUGUAUGUUUCUGCUGAUUGUAAAGGCCCAACAGAUGCACUUUGGGUUGUGUUGCAUGCUCUUAUGUUAGAAUCAGGCUUUGUUCCUAAUGAGGUUAGUUUUUUUAGCACGUUUUUUUUAGUUUAACAAGGCUAGAUUUGUUUUAGUGACAUUGGUAGCUGUAGCAAAGAAAUAAUAAUAAAAAUGUCAAUUUCAAGAUCUACUUUCGGUUGGCUACAAGUACAAUAGUAGCAGUAAAGCCUUUUAAUACCAUUUAAUUUUUUUUUGUUCAUCCUGUAAAAGUGGUUUUAAAAAUAAAUGGUUAUCUCAUCAUAGUUAUAAAAAGAAACACACUUCUAGAUUUAAUAAUUGAUAAAGAUUUUCAUAACAUAAUUUCGAAAAUAACCAAAGUCAUAUGCAUCAGGAUCAAGAUCCCAGUCUAAUGCCUAGUGACUGGAAAAAAUCUGGCUACUACGCCUGCACCUACCAAUACACUGUUUCAUCAGACACUGUAACAAAUUGUUCGAUGGUUGGAGUUACCAUGGGGACCUCCAUGGCAGUGCAUGGUAUGUGAUUUGGAACUGCAUAAAACACUAAAAUGUUCUGGUUUUCUUUUGGUUUAUAAACUUAGUUGGGAAAACUAGUUAGAUAUUAAGUUAUGCAUACUUUCUUAUUUCACACAUUUUUAUAAAAGUGAGAGAAUUUUGUAUUUUAAUUGUUCUUACUAUGUUAAAUUAACAAAAUUUCCUUCAUCUUCUCUUAUAUGUACAGCUAUAAAAAAUAAUGCUUUUUCUGAUUAAUUUUUUCAUCAGCUUACCCUAAAGUGGGUGAAAAUUACAAAACUGACCAUUUGCAGCUAAAAGCUGCUGAUUUUGUAAGACUUUUAUCAAGCAGUAAGUGUUAGCAUUUUUAAAUAUUUUGUAUUACCUAAAUUAAGACAAUGAAACAUGAAGCAUUAUCACUUUCUUAAUUCAAACAACAUUUUUUUAAAAAUUUGUACAAUAUUACAGCUCAAUUACUUAUUAUUUUUAGAUCCUCCAGAGGUCUACAGAGCACUUGACAGGUUAUCUCGACAAUUCAUGGACACAAUUAGCCUACCAUUAAUUAAUGAAUUAGACACAGGUACAGCCCAAAACAUCAACCUUAAUUAAGAAAUAAAUAUAAGUAAGCAAGUUAAUAAAAAAUAUAACUAACCAUGCAAAUAGUUUAAAUAUUUUUUUAACAGUUUCAUACUACUAGUACUACUAUAUGAUUAUUUUUUCCCUCAGUUUUUAUGCUACUAAAUAUCUUGUUCUCAGCUUAUGUCAGACUCCAUAUUGUUGUAGCUAACUUAUUCCAACAAACUGAUCCAAUAAACCAUAUCGAUUGUAUGAAUGGAUAUUAACAAUAAUUGCUUCUUGGUGUAUCUAUAUGAUUUAUAGUUUGAAUUUUACAGCUGCUGGGUUCCCAGGAAGGCAAGGUUUAUUAGCACUACCAUAUGUAGCCAAGGUAAGCUGUAACAAAUGAGAAAUAUUACUGUUAGUUUACUAACAUUUUUGCCUGCCUCUUAAUAGAGUAUAACAAUAACACUUUCAUCACGCUGUUCUGGUUGCCGCACCUGUGUACAUUUCAAUGUUCCUCAAGAAAGGCUCGUGAAUAAAAAGAUUAUUAAGCAUUGCAAGUUAUCCUCCAAACUUCAAGUGCAAAAUAGUCUGCUAUCAAAUGUGGCUCAUGUGAACAGUUUUAUGAUUUCAUAACGUAGACAGUUUUUAUGAUUUCAUAACUCAAGAUUGUCAUGUACAGUACCAUAACAUUAUGAAGUUUAACUGCCCUCUUAGUCUCUGUAUUUUUUUUGUUUUGAAAUUUAUGUUAUGUAACAAUUUUUAUGUUACACUAGUUAUGCUACACUAGUAACAGUCAUAAACAAUAAUAAUAUCUUGUAAUAAGCUCCCCUUGAUCUUAAUACUUGCUAGGUGUGUUUUUUAUUUUCAUUUUCUUUUCCUUCUCUGUCACUUUCCAUUUUCUAUCUAAAUAAUACAGCACAAUAAAAAUUGUUUCUGAAGAAAAUAUAAUUUAGUAGGCAAAAAUCCAUUUCUUCUUUUGAUAAACAUAUAAUUAAUGCAAUAUUUUAUUGUCAACUUCAAACAAAUAGAAAUACUUAAGAGCAGAGUUCCCCAAAUAGUAGUCCGGUCUGGGAAAUAAAUUAAUCUUGCGCUAGUCCCUGGUGCAAUUUUGAAACGUGUCCACCAGUUUUGGAACAUUUUUGGUUUAGAACAGGUCUCUCGCUGUUAUCUUUUACUUUCUGGGGUCAGUAGAAAUAGAGAAAAAAACUCCUGAAUAAUCAAGAAUUGUAAAAUUUUUAUAGAGACUUUUUAAUAUUAUCUAUGAUCAGCUUUGAGGCAUAUACAAGUUUUAAUGAUUUUUUACCAUUAUUGGUUGGUCUUUAUUUCAAAAAAGGAAUAGAAAAUAUUUUUUCCUUGACAGUAAAAGUCAUUUUUAAUUCCUAAGAUGCCAAAGUUAAUGUUGCAUACGCAGUAAUUAAAUCAGUUUUUUUUUUCCUUCUUAAAGUUGAAACUAUUGUCUUUCCUUGGAGCGAAAAGUCUCUGUCGACUUGGACAGACUUGCCAGGAAUUUGCUGCUCUUUACAAAGAUAAGACAUUAUGGAGACUUCUCUAUAUACGAGAUUUUGGAAGUGAGACAAUUUUACAUACAUUUAUGUUUUUAUCCAUAAGUUAUGGUAUUUAUAUCAAGUAAUGCAAUAUUUUUUCAUAGUGGUAUCAAGAAACUGUCUGACUUCAACAACCGCAACGAGGUCGUUAAUAGAUUAUGAGCUUUAAUAAGUAUAUGUUUAUAGUUAAUAUAGACAUAUAUUUAACUUUACUGUGAUAUUCUUUCCCUAGAACCUGAUGAUUGCAGUCUGUCCAGAAAUUGGUUUGAUGUAAGAAUACGCAUUUUUACUUUCUCUCUCUUACAUUUGUAUUAGCAAAACUUAUAUUUCCUUAAAAUUAUUGUUUGUCACAUAUUUAAAAAAAUAUAAAACAUUUACUUUUAACUAGAAAAUGUAGCACAUGCUGGCCUAAUCAAUCAUAACUAAUAAUAUAGUCAUUUGCUGUUGGUAUUUUUGUGUGAUCAUGGCUUAUAGUUAUCUGUCUUCAUUCAAAUAAAAAAAAAAAAGAUUUACAAAGCUCAGCAUUUAAGGCGAAUGGAAGAGCUUGAACAGAGAAGACGGUUGUUUCAUGUUGACGCAACGGACCCACCAUGGGGAUUUCCAAUUGGACCAUUUAGACCCAUGGCACCAAGGGUGCCGUUCCCGAGAAUGCUUGGAGGCGAUUAUGAUCUGCACCCUGAGUUUGCAGCUGGUAAGUACUUAUUUUAUUUUUCUCCAUUGUUUUUAUGGCUGGCGUGAAAUAUUUAUAUGUUGCUAUGGUAGUGGUUACUCCCGGCUCCCAAUGAAAAAUUUAAGAUAAUAGCAAAAGAAUCUGAAACUUCAAAACCCUUCAAUUCAUGAUUAUCUUUUCAAUUGGGUUUAUUCUUAACAUUCAUCAAAAAAUUUUUUUUAAGGGUUUCCUGAUCCGUUUAACAGAAGACCGCAGCUUCCAAAUGUUGUUAUUCCAAACCCUUUGUCUGGCGACCUGACUCUUGGAAGGCCCGGUCGAGGCAAUAUGACAGGUUCACCUUUCGCACACAAUACAUUUCAUGGACCUUUCAUGUAAGAUUUCAACAAACCUGAGAGUGAAAUUAUGCUUAUGUUAAGAACUGCAAAACGUUUAUUCAUAUACAAUAUUUUUUUACAAACAGGCCAAUGAAAUAAAACUACUAAAUUCAAUCUUCAA